AUGGCAGACCAAGAAGCGGGGUGCCCGCCCAAGUCCCGGCGGCCUCAAGAUAACGUGGCCGCAGGUGGUGACUCCCGGCAGGUCCCCACACCGCCCUCGGGACGUGUCGGAGCAUCACCACGAGCUGCCACCAGUGACAAUUUCUGCUCUUUUGUAGAUGAUUCCUAUUCUGGCCUCGGUAUUUGUGGAUGGAUCCUGGUGAUCACCUCGCUUAUUUUCACUGUUCUUACAUUUCCUAUAUCAGUAUGGAUGUGCAUAAAGAUUGUCAAGGAAUACGAGCGAGCCAUCAUCUUCCGACUUGGACGCAUCCUAAAAGGGGGAGCAAAGGGACCAGGUUUGUUUUUCGUCCUGCCUUGCACAGAUAGCUUCAUCAAAGUUGAUAUGAGAACCAUCUCUUUUGAUAUCCCUCCUCAGGAGAUCCUGACCAAGGACUCGGUGACAGUUAACGUGGAUGGAGUGGUUUAUUACAGGGUGCAGAACGCCACCCUGGCCGUGGCAAACAUCACCAACGCCGACUCAGCCACCCGGCUCCUGGCACAGACCACCCUGAGGAAUGUCCUGGGCACCAAAAACCUCGCUGAGAUCCUCUCUGACCGUGAGGAAAUUGCACACAGCAUGCAGGCCACACUUGAUGAGGCAACAGACGAUUGGGGCAUUAAGGUGGAACGUGUGGAGAUCAAGGAUGUGAAGUUACCUAUCCAGCUGCAGAGAGCCAUGGCUGCAGAAGCAGAGGCUGCCCGGGAGGCGAGAGCCAAGGUGAUCGCGGCCGAGGGGGAGAUGAACGCGUCCAGGGCCCUGAAGGAGGCGUCCAUAGUGAUCACGGAGUCUCCCGCCGCCCUGCAGCUCCGCUACCUGCAGACCCUGACCACCAUCGCCGCCGAGAAGAAUUCCACCAUCGUCUUCCCCCUGCCCAUAAACAUCCUGCAGGGCCUCCUAGGUGGGACGGAGUAGGGGAGGCUGGGAGGGGCGAGCUGGGGGUCAGCCCACGUUUGCAGCACUGAGCUCCUUCUCUAGGGUAUCUUGUGGCAGUGUUAGCAAAGUGGGUUUGCUGAGGAACCCUUUUGUUUUACUGAGUGUGUUAUAGAACUUGUAUGUAAUGUUUGUGAAUGUGGACAAUCGCAAUAUUUGAAGUUGAAAGCCUCUCAGAAGGAGUACAAGCAGGUUGUGAUCUUAAAUAAGCUUUAUCCAUAUUCUACACCUCUAAUCCAAAACUUCCUUUUCAAAUAGAAUAAAAAAACAGUUGUGGUAGACAUGAUCCAA